AUGUUUUAUAGUAUCGAUUUGCUUUCAGCUCAUCGAGGGAAGUUCGGGAUUAUAUGGCUGGCAGCUACCAGGGUAAGAAAACAACUAUCAAGAAAGGAACUAAAUUCUGUCAAUAUUGUUACUGCUUGCAAUGAAAUAACUUCAUAUAUUCUAGGAGAGACACAACUUCGACUCUCAUUGUACUUAGCAUCCCAGUUGACUUUCGGUAUUUGUAUCAUUUACAGAGAAAAAACUAUUGUUAUGCUACGUGACUUGCAAGAGCUAAGCCAGAAAGCUUCUGUAACUACAAGCCGGUCCAUUGACCUACCCACUUGUACUAAAUCUCGUACAAAGCGUAAAACUCGCGUACCAGUUGAUGAUCCUGAAGUACCUCUGUUAAACUUGUACAACGAAACAAAUGAUUUUGGAAAUCUUCAGUUGCCUGAUUUGUUUUGGCCCAGUAUCAAUGAACCUUGUCUGGAUUUCAUGGAUACACAAACUCUGUAUCAAGCACGAAAUGAAGACAUAACUUUGGUGGAAGACCCUUCGGUCGAGACAACUGGUACUCGUUUUUCAUUUGGUGAAGAUUUUUUGCCGGAGUUUAUCCUUGAAUCGAUAAAUCGUGAUCAUCAUACCAUCCAACCAGUAGAUUUAAUUCCUAUUGAGAUUCAAAAUGGCAAGAGACACAUUUCUAAACAUUUAGUACAUGAGAGUGAAGCUGAAGUUACAGAAUAUUCUGCAGUAGAAAGAUCAUGUCAUUCAGAUAAACCUCAUAGGCCGAUAACAACAAUACAAAAAAGUAAUGUCAUAUUCGACUCCGUAUUAAAUCAAUUAAUCCCCGUACAUACAGAGAUAGUGAACUCUUCAAAGGAUUUGACUAAUGCGAAAACGCUUGCUCAAGGAAGCGCUAAUGAAUGCAUAGUUUCACAGUCUUCUGACGUACCUAUGGACUCAGUCAAUGCAAUUUCAACUAAUGUGGAUAGUUCACUAAUGCCUUCUGCACAGUUCAGCACUGAAAUAAUCAAUAAUUCUACUCAUUUGGAAAACAUCAAACAAUCGAAUGUUGUAUUAGAACAAGUUGAAUUGACUAAAGAUUUUUUAACAGAAACAGAAAUGACUCAGAUAUUACCUCAGGAAGAAGAAGAAAGAACCUUUACUAGUGCUUCUGAACAGAACUUAUGUCCAAUUUCGUUAUCUCGAUUAAAUCCAUUACAUCCUGUCGAAUCUGAGGAGAAUACGCAUCGUCGUCGUAUAAAAAAGCAUUCUAAUAAGCUCAUCAUUGAUGAAAUCACCCGACUAACAGCAUCAGAAUUACGCUGGAACAUGUUACAUGGCGAGGAGACGAUGGUUACACGAGACAUUUAUCUGGCUGAAUCAACUCCACGCAGUCAAACACGAUAUCUGUUGUCUCGGAGUGUUUCACGAUUAUUCUCUGUCCCCAGUAAUCUGGAAACUGCUCUUAGUUUAAGACUUUGUGAACUUUGGUGUUAUCAUCGGCGUUUAUGUGAAAAAGCUUUACAAAAAAGGAAAUUAGAUGAUUUGUCAAUAAAUAAUGAUGUAAUCCAAACUAAGCGUCCUACUAAAUCAUUAUCAAUAAAAAUGAAUGCUAUUACAGAAGAAAAUGAAUCUUCAGUAGAAAUUCAAAGAAUUGCUGGAGAUCAUUCUUCUCUAAUUGGAUCUGAAUCUAUUUUUGGAACUAGUAAUAUAAUUGAUGUAACCAAUAAUCAGACGAUCAGUGUGCGUGAAUCAUUAGUGCAAAUGAAAGAAUCUUUUGGGGGUGCUAGUGAUCAACCUAUCCCAGAUAUCGUAAAAAAUGUACGUGAUAAUACUGCUUCUGAAAUAACUCGUCAAGCCCUAGAUCUCCCUAUUCCAGGGACUUCAAUAUCUUUGCCUACUGAGUGUACAACAUUAGUUCCUGUAAUUGAAGAACCUGAAGAAAAUCUGCAACAACAAAAUGAGUUGGAUUCUUCGUCUGUUGUUCCUAAUUUAGUUGAAGCACUACCUGAUCAAUCUCAACUGCCUACUGAAGUUUCCUCUUUAUCGGGAAAACAUUUUCAUGAUAAAUCACAAUUAUGGAGAUAUCUCUAUAGUCAACUAAUAGAGUCAAAUUCUUAUUCGAUCGACAUUGAAAACCUUUGUCCAUUGGGUUGCAGUAAAAAACAAGCAGCAUUUGUAUUCAUGACGCUUUUAGAGUUUGCCAAAAAUCGCCAAAUUAUUUUAUCACAAUGCGUAGCUUUUGGACAAAUUCUCAUAACAAUAAUACACUAA